UCAGCCAAACAAAGAAGUGAAAGCCCAAAUAGGGUGCCAGGCAGAGUUUCUCUCAGAGUGACACUGGCCCCUUAACAGCAGAGAAGUUCAGAGAAACCACUGAGGUCUGAAUUACAUGCAGAUAUCCUGAAGACCUGCGCUCAGAGGUAUGGAGCUAUCUGAUUCAACUACAGAAGAUUUUUCAUCAAGCUACACUUAUGAUUAUGAUUACAAUUACACUGAUAUGGUCACCGAGGCCAAUGUCACUGAUGUUGAGGAGCUGUGUGUAGCCAGCAAAGAACAGGAGCUGACCAUUACUGUUGUCCAGACCACGGUCUUCCUCAUUGUCUUCUUCUUAGGUGUGUUUGGUAACGGGCUGGUCAUUGCCACAUUUGCACGGUACCGCCGUCUACGUCUACGCUGCAUGACCGAUGUCUUCCUGUUCUACCUGGCUCUGUCCGACUUACUGCUUCUGCUGACUCUUCCGUUAGAGACGGGAGAGACACUGAUCGGCAGCUGGGAGUUCGGAGAGGGGCUGUGCAAGCUAAACCGUGGUAUGUAUGCCAUCAACACCUAUGGAGGUCUGCUGUUGUUGGCUUGCAUUAGCGUUGAUCGCUAUUUAGUGGUGGUUCGCACCAGGGCCAUACGGAAGAGGAGUUCUGGGACUCUGUUUUACAGCACACUGUCUGCGCUUGGAGUCGCACUAACUUCUGUCUUCCUGAGCCUGCCAGACUUGCUCUUCAGCUCCGUGGAGAACGACAUGGGUUCAGACGUCCUUUUGUGUGAUAUGAAAGUUUGGGGCGAUGGAGUGAGUAAAUGGAAGCUGUGGGCCCAGAUGGCAAAGAUCGCAGGAUUCUGCAUCCCUUGCGUGGCGAUGGUGGUGUGUUACGGCGCGAUCGGACGUGUCUUGAUCCGUGCCGGCGGCAACUGUUGGCGCAGACAGAGGACUUUGCGCCUGAUGGCACUUCUGGUGGUUCUUUUCCUUCUCUUUCAGCUUCCUUACACGAUGGUGCUUCUGAUUAAAAUAUUCAAACCCACUCAGAUAAACUGCGAAGACUGGACCAAGUUCCACCUUCAGGAAAACAUAACGCGCAAUCUGGCUUAUGUGAGGUGCUGCCUGAACCCUUUGCUCUACGCACUCGUUGGGGUCAGAUUCAGAAAUGACAUUAUCAGGCUCUUGAUGGACACCGGGUGCAUGUGCACGUGUGUGUCCCAUAUAACUCCACAGCAUGACAACGGAAGCUCCAUCACACCAUCGUCUCCAGCUCCAACCAUCCUUUCAUCCUUCCCAUCUUCUUACAUGUCUUCCAAGAAAACACCUGCCCUGGACACACCUGCUGCAGACACAGCUGAAACCUUCAUUUUUCCAAUGCCCAUAUCUAGUAAAAAGACUUCAGGACUUAUGAGCUGGUGUCAUCAAUAAAUGCACAUUAGAUUAUCUGAAAUAAAUAAUUUCUAAUUUUAAAGGUAAUAAUUAUAGAAACCCAUUUACUGUAUGCCACAAGAAAAAAUAAACAUGCUUUGGUAAAACAAUUAUGAGAUUAAAAAUGAUCACAUGUUAAUAUAAGAGUUUUAUAUCAAUAUUUUGGACUUCCAGUGGAUAAGAGACAAAACUGCAUGUACACAAAAACUCUUUAUACAGUUUAAAUACAAUGAGCAGCAUAAAUAAUUUUAGUACAGUGUUAGAUUAAGAGUUAAUAAUAUAUAUAUAAAUAUAUUAGACAUAUGCUGUAAAUACAUUUUGCACACAUUUAUUCUGCUCACAUUUAUUACAGUUAAAAUUAUUUAGUUUUUUUGUAUGUGUUAUUCUCUGCUAUUUUCAUUUCUCAUUUUACCUGUAUUCCUCAUUUUACCUG